AUGUUGAUGAGGAAAUUCUGGCCAAAGGCUUCGCCGCCCACUCCAAUUGCACUGUCUAGACAUACCAAAAAGGAGGCUCUUUGGUACGAAGAUCCCGAUUAUGUGAUUGAAAAAAAAAACCGCCUUCAUCCAACCAUCCACAAGUAUCUGAAGGUUGAAAGCAAAAUCCCCAAUGCAGUCAAACCCAACGCACUAAAUACCUCGGUGAGCUUAAUUGAUACCAAGCCCGUUCGGGAUGUCAUCAAUUCGGAUGCGCUUUCGGUUUACAAAACACUGCCUUUGCAGCAAAGGCCGUACAUUGCCGGAUUUUCAAAGCGAGUUGGUCUUGUUGGGUUCAAGUCCGGAAUGAUGUCCUAUUUUGACCACGUAACUGGAAAAAAACAUGCUGUCACCGUAAUCAGAUUUGAGCAUGUGCAGUCUCUUCGCAUAACCUCUGUUGGCGCCAGGCGAGAUAGGGGGCUUUUUUCCAUCGACGUUGGGGCUGGAAGUCAAGAUCCCGGCAAUAUGUCAGCGUGCAGAAGAAGCUAUUAUGCUAGGUUUGGCGUUCCAUUUAAGAGAGUCCACAUGUGUUUUUCCAUCACAAAGGACGCAACAAUACCUCCAGGUAUGUUGCCGUUUGUAUUUUUAGGGACCAAUUUAUUUGCCGCCCAUUUCGUUCCGGGCCAACUUGUGGAUGUAAGAUCAAAGUCGAUCGGGAAGGGAUUUCAAGGGCCCAUGAAGAGGUGGGGAUUUAAAGGGCUGCCCGCAUCACAUGGCGUCUCCCUUGCGCACAGAUCGCAUGGAGCAACGGGAAUGAGACAGGAUCCCGGCAGAGUGUUGCCAGGCAAAAAAAUGGCCGGAAGAAUGGGCGGCAAAUUCAAAUCUGUCUUGCGACUGCCUGUUUUAAAGGUCGAUACAAAAUAUAAUUGUAUAUACGUGCGCGGGUCAAUUCCCGGCCAUGACGAUUGCAUUGUUAGGGUCAAGGAUUCGCUCAAAAACCCAACAUUUGCAAAGAGCCCGCCUCCAUUCCCCACAUUUAUCGCGCCCCAAAACCAGAACGUUCCACAAGUGAUGGUUGCGGAGCCCGCUUUUUACCACGACAAAAAGACCCCCAUCAAACCCCAUGAGCUGAUCAAGCUCCUCAAAUGA